AUGAGUAACCCCGACGCGGUUGCUUUCGUAGAGGCCAUCUUGGACGAUAACCCUCCCAUGCUCGGGACGUUUAUGUGGCUGCGCUACCAGCGCAGCGAACCUCCGGAUAUCAUUAUUCUCGACAAGGCCAUCCAGGCGACGCAACGUGCAGUAAAGCUUGACCAAGACUCAGAUCCUAGCAAUCGCUCUCAAUUGUACUUCGACCUAGGAGUUCGGCUCAAGGCCCGUUCGGACUUGACCCACUCCCUUGAAGAUCUCAGCCAAGCGAUGUCUGCCUUUCAAGCUGCUGUUGAACUCACAUCAAACGAUGAUUCCUACCAUCCUGAGCGUCUCGAUCGACUGGGUGUUUUGCAUCUCGAGUAUUUCCAGCGCGUCGGCAGAAUUGAUGACAUCAAUAGUGCUGUCACAGCAUUCUGUCUCGCGGUCGAGCUCACGCCGGACAGCCACUCCUACAAGCCGGCGCGAUUCAACAACCUUGGCACCUCGUUUCUGCAACGCUUCAAGCGCACUGGGCAGCUUGAUGAUAUCGAAGCGGCUGUCUCAUCGCAUCGUCGCGCGGUCGAGCUCACACCGGAUGGCCACCCCUACAAGCCAGCGCGAUUAUGCAACCUGGGUAGCUCGUUUCACACGCGCUUCGAGCGCAGUGGGGAGCUCGGUGAUAUCGAGGCGGCCGUCUCGUCGCAUCGUCGCGCGGUCGAGCUUACGCCGGAUGGCCACCCCGACAAGCCAGCGCAAUUUGGCAACCUCGGCGCCUCGCUUCAAAGACGUUACGAGCACACUGGGGAGUGUGAUGAUAUUGAGCAGGCUGUCUCAUCGCAUCAACUCGCGGUUGAGCUGAUGCCGGAUGGCCAGCCCAACAAACCGAUGCAAUUGAACAACCUGGGCAACUCGCUUCGCGCACGCUUCGAGCGCACUGGGAAGCACGAUGAUAUCGAGGGGGCCGUCUCGUCACUUCGCCGCGCGGUUGAGCUCACGCCGGAUGGCCACCCCGACAAGCCAGCGCGAUUAUGCAACCUGGGUAGCUCGUUCCGCGAACACUUUGUACAUUUUGGGGAGCUCGGUGAUAUCGAGGCGGCCGUCUCGUCGCAUCGUCGCGCGGUCGAGCUUACACCGGAUGGCCACCCUGACAAGUCAGCAUGCUUCAGCAACCUGGGCGUCUCGCUUUACACGCGCUUCAUGCGCACUGGGGAGCUCGAUGAUAUCAAGCAGGCUGUCUCGGCGCAUCGUCGCGUGAUCGAGCUGACACCGGAUGGUAACCCCGACAAACCGGCACGAUUUGGCAACCUCGGCAUUUCCUUCAAUGCACGCUUCAAGCGCACCGGGGACCUCGAUGAUAUCGAGCAAGCCAUCUCAUCGCAUCGUCGCGCAGUCGAGCUGAUACCGGAUGGCCACCCCAACAAACCGAUGCAAUUGAACAACCUGGGCGGGUCGCUUCGCACACGCUUCGAGCACACUGGGGAGCACGAUGAUAUCGAGCAAGCCGUCUCGUCGCAUCGUUGUGCAGUUGAGCUCACCCCGGAUGGCCACCCCGACAAACCGGAGCGACUCAACAGCCUGGGAGCCUCGUUGUGCACACGCUUUAAGCGCACUGGGAAGUCCGAUGAUAUCGAGCAGGCCGUCUCAUCACAUCGUCGCGCGGUCGAGCUUACACCUGAUGGCCAUCCCGACAAGUCGGGGCGACUCAUGAACCUAGGCGACUCGCUUCAAAAACGUCACGCGUGUUCUGGCACUACAAUCGAUUACAUAGACGCUGUUGACUGUUACAUGCAGGCGACGUUACAAACAGCUGGCAUGCCUUCAAUUCGUCUUGGUUCUGCCAUCCUCUGUGUCCUCCUGCUAUCCGAAAAUGCCUUUCUCCGCACUAAAGACAGGCUCUUGUCAGCACACUCGCGCAUCAUCGCCGUUCUUCCGGAGAUUGUCUGGCUCGGAUAUGAUAUUCAGCGACGCUACGACGAAUCGUCUCGGAUAGGCGCUUUCGUCAAUGUUGCAGUCUUUGUAGCUAUAAGUGCCAAUGCUCUGACACUGGCUGUGGAGUGGCUCGAGGCAGGCAGGUCGUUCAUCUGGGGUCAGGUCUUGUCGCUGCGCACACCACUCAAUGAGUUGAGGGAAUUUGACCCCAAACUCGCGGCGUCUCUUCGCCGAGUUCAAGAAGGUCUUCGGUCAUCCGCGGGAAGCUCAUUCACCCCUGAGAUGAUGACAGUCAGUGACGCACCUGGGCUUGCAACCAAUCGUGCGGCUGAUGCCCAUCGCGCGCUUGCCAUCGAGCACGACAGCCUAUUGAAGAAGAUUCGUGCAUGCCCUGGCUUCGAAGGCUUCCUACGCCCCAAGUCAUUUGAGGCGCUUACAACUUCGGCCUUGAAGAUGUUGAACGGCCCCGUCGUCUUCAUCAAUGUAUCUAAUCUCUGCCAUGCACUGGUGCUCCAUCCAAAUGGCGAAGUGCAAUCGAUACGACUUCCCGAACUAUCGAUGGAACGAGCAAAUCGGCUGCGUGAGUUGUGGGUCACAGAACUCAGACACCAUAGAGACCGCAUUCGCAACUUCUCGGCUACAUCACAUGAAGAGCCACCAUUGGACGAGGAGAGUCCGCAACUCGCUCAUUCGGAUGUCACGUUCGUUCGGUAUAUGGCGCCAUUCUACGAGGACGGAAAGAAUGAUGCCACCCGCGUACUCGAGUACCUUUGGAUGUGGAUCGUGCAUCCCAUUGCCCAGUCUCUCAAGCUGAUGGCCGAAGAUCACGGACACAACAAUGUUCUUCCGCAUAUUACAUGGUGUGCUACCGGACCGCUGACGCAGCUCCCCCUUCACGCUGCAGGUGUGUACGGCGAUCCCCACGGUCCACGCGCAUUCGACUUCCUCGUGUCCUCGUACACCCCUUCGUUGUCCGCGCUCCUACGCUGCUCUGAAGGUGUGGGAAAACGGGACACAACACCGUCUGUACUCGUUGUCACGCAGCCGGCCACGCCAGGGUACUCGGCACUGCCAGGAACUACGGAGGAGGGCUCUCGCCUGCAAGAAGUCCUCCUUGGCGCACAAAUCGCGAGUCGUGUAUACGAUCGCGAUCAAGCCACCGUGAAGUCUGUUCAACAGGACAUGAGCCAGCAUCCUUGGUUACACCUUGCUUGCCACGGCGCGCAGCAUCCCACGGAUCCGACGAAGAGCGCCUUCCGGCUCUACGACGGCCCAUUGACGUUGUCGGAUCUCAUGGAAACCGUCUCCGAGAAUGCGGAGCUCGCUUUCCUAUCGGCGUGUCAGACGGCUGUGGGAGACGAGAAGAUACCAGAGGAAUCUGCUCACCUAGCCGCAGGGAUGCUCGCAGUUGGCUUCAAGGGCGUCGUGGCGACCAUGUGGUCCAUCGGGGAUGCCGACGCGCCCAUCGUCGUCGAGGCGUACUAUCGAGAGCUCAUCGCUUUGCGUAACUCUGGCGCUCUUAGGAGUGCAGAGACGGGCGCGGCGUACGCGCUUCACGCCGCGACGAAGGUUCUGCGGGAGAAGGUGGGCGAGACGGCGUUCAUGCGAUGGGCCCCGUUCGUCCAUUUUGGCGUUUGA